AAGUGAUUCGUUUCUAAGAGCGCAGGGAGCUGGAUUGAUUUUACUGAAGUAAACCUGCAGACAGAAAAUUGAAGAGUGGUCACAAUGUCCUCCCUCCAGAUGGAGAAUGGUCCAGAGGACGCCAACAACCAGAGCUUCUGGAUGCCAGGGAACUACCAGCGCACGGUGAAGAGGACCGAGGAUGCAUUCCAGGCCUGUAAUGACAUAGUGGCCUGUUUCCAGGAGAGAGCCAGGGUGGAGAGACAGUAUGCCCAGCAGCUCAGUGAAUGGAGCAACAAAUGGAAGCCCCUAGUGGACGCCAGUCCACUGUACGGUUCCCUCCUGCGGGCGUGGCAGUGUUUUCUCUCUUCCGCUGAACGACUCUCUGCUUUACACUCUUCAAUCUGUCGCUCGCUCGUGUCAGAGGACGGCGACCGCAUCCGGACCUGGCAGAAGGAGACUUUCCAUAAGAAGAUCUUUGGAGGGUUCAGGGAGUCCCAGGACUUUGAGACUGGCUUUGCACGGGCUCAGAAACCGUGGGCCAAGAAACUGAAGAAGCUAGAGAAAGCCAGAUGUGCAUUUCAUAAAGCCAGUCGUAAGGAGCAUUCAGCACGGGAGCGAGAGGCCCACGCACAGGGGAACCCAGACAUCGCCAUCGAAAAGCAGAGGAAGAUACAGGAGGAGAGAGAGCUGGCGCAGCAGGAGACAGAGAAAAUGCAAGGCCGGUAUGAGAAGGUUCUGGAAGAAGUGACACGCUACGCCCCACGUUACAUGGAAGAGAUGGAAUCCAUUUUUGACCAAUCACAGGAGGAGGAGAGGAAGAGAAUUAGCUUUCUCAAACAGGCCUUUCUGUCCAUUCACAGACAUUUGGAUGUCACAAAUAACGAGAGUGUGAAGGCAGUGUAUAAUGAACUCCAUAACACACUGAUGGCCAUUAAUGAACAGGAAGAUUUGCGCUGGUGGAAGAACACUCAUGGGCCUGGCAUGCCUACUGACUGGCCUCAGUUUCAGGAAUGGUCACCCGAGAAGAAAUAUAAAAAGGGAAAGAAGGGGGUGGAUCAGAAGGGGGUGGAGCAGAAGGGGGUGGAGCAAAAGGUAGCGGUAGAGAGAGUAGUCAUGAUUGGUGGAGUGAGAGUCAGAGCUCUGUAUGACUAUGCUGGACAAGAGACUGAUGAGCUGUCCUUCAAAGCAGGUGAGGAGUUUCUGAAGAUUGAGGAUGAGGAUGAGCAGGGCUGGUGCAGAGGGAUGAAGGACGGGGGUAGAGAAGGUUUGUAUCCUGCCAACUACGUGGAGACGGUUUAG